AGCCAAUUGUGUUUAAUUUCAACAUUUUCUGAAGCGUUUAAGAUCUAAAACUACACAUACGUGGGGAUGUGACACCGUUAGAAACUUUAUUAAUGCAGAGAGCUGAGAGAGAGGUUUGACAGAAGAAACAGGAUGCUGGUGUUGGUUUUGGUGGUGACCGCACUGCUUGUCAGUGAUGUGGCAGGGACACACAAUUCCUUGGAACUGGGGAGGACUCAGCGACACCUUGAAAAGCGUGAUCUAACCAAAGGACCCUGUGAUAAAAACUGGUUUCAUUUUCCUCCUCUAAACUCCUGUUACCAGUUUUUCAGUGACGAAAUGACAUGGGAGGAAGCUCAGGAUUUCUGUAAUGAACAACAAUGUUGCGGACAGCUGGCUUCUGUGAACUCAGACCAACUCAACACUUUUGUUUCUGAUGUGGUCUCUGUCGUGGACCAAGAAAAGCCAAGGGCUUGGAUUGGCCUGAAUGACAUUUGCAAGGAUGGGAAAUUCACAUGGAUUGAUGGAUCGUCGUACAGUUACAGAAACUUUGGUCCGGGUGAACCUAAUAAUUAUAACGGCAGAGAAGACUGUGUGAACAUUCACCAUUUCCGUAACUUGACUUGGAAUGACGCACCCUGUAACAUGAAAAUUGGUUUUGUUUGUUCUUACAAACUGUGUUGAAUUUAGAAAAAUCCAGAUCCAUCUACUCAUCCUUUCUAGUGGUGGAUUCAUUGCCCAGAUUUCUUUGUAGCCAUUCUCACUGUCUGUGGUGACUGUAAUUAUUUAG